AUGGACUUAAAGCCUGAAAUCCCUGAGACAUUAGGAAACAACCUGAUUAUGCAGAGGAACAUGAAGAUCCAAGAUGAUUACUGCUACGGUGGAUAUCACCCAGUCCAAGUUGGAGAGCGUUCUUUAUAUAAGAGAUACAAGGUGUUAUCAAAGCUGGGUUGGGUUAUUUCUCUACUGUAUGGCUCUGCGUUGACCUCAGGGUCAGGCAGUCAUGUGGCAGUGAAGGUGUUGAAGAGCGGAGAGCUGGAUUUCACUCAGGCUGGCCAAGAUGAACUCACAUUACUGCGAUGUGCCAGUGGUCCCACAGCCCGUAACCCACUUAAAGGACGUAUAGUGCACUUACUGGAUGAGUUUAAGUUAGCUGGUGUAAACGGGAUCCAUAUUUGUUUGGUGUUGGAGCUUCUGGGGCCAGACCUGCGCUGUUGGCAGAUGUGUUUCGGUAAUCCAGGUCUGUCUCUCUCCUGUGUCAAACACGUCAUCACUCAGGUACUGGAGGGUCUGGAUUAUCUUCACAGCCACUGUAAAAUCAUUCACACAGACAUCAAGCCUGAGAAUAUACUGCUGUCUUUCACACCUUAUCCACCAGGAGGAGAUAUACACACUUAUUCCUCUUCAGCCAUUAGAAACACAGUACUCCAGGGUCUUGGAGAAUCGGGAAAACCUGGAAAUUUGGAAGAUAUCACAGUGAAGAUUGCAGAUCUUGGCAGCUCAUGUUGGGUGUACAAACACUUCUGUCAAGAGAUCCAGACCAGACAGUUUCGCUCUCUGGAGGUCCUGCUGGGCUCUGAAUACGGUCCUGCAGCUGACAUCUGGAGUGUGGCCUGCUUGGCAUUUGAGCUUGCAACCGGCGAUUCCUUAUUUGAGCCCAAAGCAGGACCUAAUUUCUCAUUAGAGGAAGACCACCUGGCUCAUAUCAUUGAGCUCCUGGGAAAGAUCCCAGUCUCCGUGGCUCUGUCUGGAAAAUAUUCUUAUCAGUAUUUUAACCGCAAGGGUGACCUGCGGCGAAUCGCUGUUCUUCGUCCAUGGGGACUGUAUGAAGUGCUGGUGGAGAAAUAUCACUUUCUCCUCAGAGAGGCGUCACUUUUCUCUGAUUUCCUGUUGCAAAUGUUGAACUUCCUGCCAGAGCGAAGAGCCACAGCAGCUCAAUGUCUUAAACAUCCUUGGCUAAAUCUGUGAUCCUUUCUGGCUUUGUAAUACUUGAAAAAUGCACUAGGUCUCAAUAAGGUUUUCCUCUAUUGGCUGUUUAGUAUUUGUCAAAUGUAAAGUCAAACUUUCCAAAGGGGCCGUAAAUAAUUCAGCUAAAAACUAAAAUUCAGUAACUUAUUCACCUUUGUUUUGUUCUAAACCUGCAAGACUUUCUUUUCACAUUUUAAAUGUUGCCAAAAUGUUAUUUUUUUGGGGGGUAAAUUAUAGUAUCCCGUCCCUUUAAAUGGUACCUAUAAUGCAAAAAUCACUUUUAU